UAAAAAAUUGGUAGAUUACCGAAAUUGGGCAGAGAAGAGAAGAGAAGAGGGGUUUAUUUAGUUUAAUCGUAAGCAGUCCAGAGGGGAAAAAACCCGACAAGCCGUUGAACCAAAGAGAAUAGAGAGAUUCUGAUUCCGAUUCCGUCCCAGCGAUGGAUGCGGGCGGAGCGUCACCGAGAGCCGCCAUAUCGCGGUGGAAGUUCGCGGCGUGGCGGCAGUACCAGCACGUGCUGGACAAGAUAACGCCGCACGUGGGACGGCGGUGGGCGGGGUUCGCGGGGGUGGCGCUGGUGUACGCGCUGCGCGUCUACUUUGUGGAAGGGUUCUACAUCGUGUCGUACGGCCUCGGCAUAUACAUCCUCAACCUUCUGAUCGGGUUCCUCUCCCCUCAGGUGGACCCCGAGAUCGUCGACGCCGAGGGCCCCACCCUCCCCACCACCGCUUCCGACGAGUUUCGCCCCUUCGUUCGCCGCCUCCCCGAGUUCAAGUUCUGGUAUUCAAUCACGAAGGCAUUUUGCAUUGCAUUUGUGAUGACUUUCUUUAGUGCGUUUGAUGUUCCAGUGUUCUGGCCAAUACUCCUCUUCUACUGGGUGGUCCUAUUCACGCUCACAAUGAGGAAACAGAUAUCUCACAUGAUUAAAUACAAAUAUUUACCGUUCUCAUCUGGAAAACAGCGCUAUGAUGGGAAGAGAGCACCACCAGAAAGUACAAGCCUUUCGGAUGGAUGAAAUUUUCUGCUGGAGCAGUCUGAGGAUGUGAUGGAAGCUGAAGAAAGUUGAUUUGAGGUCUUGUGUGGACAACGUGAUUUCUGAUUCCCAUUUGAGCAAUUGUUUAGACUUUGGGCGUCUUGGUUGUUUUUACGCCUAGUGAAAGAUUCAAUUUAGGGAGAUAUAAUUGGAUUCUGUGGGCUCUUUCUUUAGCUUAAUUCCUUUCCCUUUAUUUUCUAUUCCUAUAUAGGCAAAGGCCACUUCCUGAAUUAGUAGUCAAAUAACGAGAUUUUUAGAUAGCUUGUGCAGAAUGAAAUCUUCAAUUUGCAAUGCGGUUAUACUCAUCUAUCCUUUUGUAUAAUGUAUGUAUAUAUUUUAAUUUUAAUCAA